UGUUACAAUUGGUGCGUCUGGAACAAGCGAGGGUCAUGCUCUGCACCUGACAACCCUUGGUAUUCACCCAACGGAGUUUAGCAAGAGGAAAACUUUGCCGUUUUUUCAAGAAGUUCCUUUUCGAGAUAGGCUACUGGCUACGGACUUAUACUACUAUUUUGAACCGAUAAGCAAUAUUUCUUUAACGCAGUUAAAACUGCAUCACCAAGGCGAAACGGCGACUUCAGUCGAUUACCUUUCUUUUCUUUGCUAUCCCAUGGAUAUUCACUGCAAAGCAGACCCCUUCUCGGCGAUGCACCGGCAUGGGGGUGUGAACCAGCUAGGCGGGGUGUUUGUGAACGGCAGACCCCUACCUGAUGUCGUGAGGCAGAGAAUUGUCGAGCUGGCGCACCAAGGGGUCAGGCCUUGUGACAUCUCCCGACAACUACGGGUCAGUCACGGCUGCGUCAGCAAAAUUCUCGGCAGGUACUAUGAGACCGGCAGUAUUAAACCUGGAGUUAUUGGAGGCUCCAAACCAAAGGUCGCAACUCCAAAAGUAGUGGAUAAAAUUGCAGACUACAAGCGACAGAAUCCUACUAUGUUCGCCUGGGAGAUUCGAGACCGACUCCUGGCUGAAGCUGUCUGCGACAAUGACACAGUCCCCAGCGUAUCAUCCAUCAACAGGAUUAUCCGCACCAAAGUCCAGCAACCGUUCCACCCCUCGCCUGACGGAUCGGUGACGCCGCUCUCCACGCCUGGACACACCAUAGUACCCAGCACGACGUCACCCCCGGUGACCAGUGCUUCCAACGACCCCGUGGGAUCCUACUCCAUCAACGGCAUUCUGGGCAUCCCUCGCUCCAACAGCGAAAAGAGGAAAAGAGAUGACGAGAGACAACUGAGAGGCUCGUCUGUGGAUGUUGACAACAACAUCAGUGGAGGCAUUUAG